CUGAAAUUUCACUCUAACCUAAUUAAUUUUGCGAAAUAAUAUCAUCUGAUGAUUGCUGUCAAUAUUUAAUCAUAAUUUAAAAAAAAAAAAAGAAAAAUAAAUCAUUGAAUCAAUUAAAAAUGAAUGCAACAUCCAUAUAAAGUUAUAGAAGCGCGUGCGUAUUGAAUGUGCAGAAUCAUAAAUGCCAUCUCAGUUAUCUCAGCAGACUCUUAAAUAAUUAAAGAUUUCAAUGAAAAAUUAUAUAUAAUUAUAUAUUAUUGUUAUUCACAUUAAAAUUACUGAACAAGAUGUUUGAAUUAUAUGGAGUAAGCAAACAUGGCAUGGUCUAUCAUUCUCCACCAACAAGCCGGAAGGAACUUAAUAUUCUUGAAACAUGUCAUCAAAUAUCAUCCCCCGAAUUAAUUCAAAAAAUGCCAAAUGGAGAUGUUAUGCAUCAUGUGAGAAAUCAUUCAACAGUAUCAACUUAUUCUAGUAAAUCCAAAGACUCAUCUAAAAGUAUAGAACAAAGUACUGCAAAACGUUGGCUUGUUAUCUGUGGAGUAUUUUUAUUAGGCUGUGCAUUGAUAACUGGAGUAGGAUUGCCACUUGCUUUAGAGCUCCGUAGCUCACAUCUAUUAGAAGCAAGGCUUGAAGUUGUUCGAAGAAUAUUAUCAGAAACUCCACUGGUAGAUGGGCACAAUGACUUUGCUUGGAAUUUAAGAAAACAUCAUGGUUCUCGUUUGAGUGAUUUGCCUUUCGAUGUUGAUUUAUCUCUAAACUCCAGUUUUAACCAAUACUGGCAAACAGACUUAGUACGACUUUAUCGAGGAAAUAUGGGUGCACAAUUUUGGUCAGUGUACGUACCCUGUGAAUCUCAAUUUUUAGAUGCUGUACAAUUAACUCUAGAGCAAAUAGAUGUUGUGAGAAGAUUAACUGCCAAGUAUCCCUCAAGAAUGAGGCUAGUUACGUCUAGUGAAGAAUUGGAGCAAGCACACAAAGAUGGAGUACUGGCAAGCUUAGUAGGAAUUGAAGGAGGACAUAGUAUAGGUGCUUCAAUGGCUGUAUUACGUAGCUUUCAUUUGCUUGGAGCACGAUAUAUGACACUCACUCACAAAUGUAAUACACCAUGGGCUGAUUCUUCAUCUGUCGAAGAUCCCAAUAAAGAUGCUCCACUGGAUUAUCAUAGUGAUGGUCUUUCAGUUUUUGGAAAGUCCGUUGUUAAAGAAUUAAAUAGAUUAGGAAUGUUGAUAGAUCUUUCUCAUGUUUCUAUUCGUACAAUGAGAGAUACAUUAGCUAUUUCAAAAGCUCCAGUAAUAUUUUCACAUAGUGCAGCUCGAGCUAUUUGUAAUUCAUCAAACAAUGUGCCGGAUGACAUUUUAAGAAAACUGUCAUUUAAUGGUGGUCUAGUUAUGAUCAGCUUUGAUAGUUAUGAUCUAAGCUGCAAAGAUACAGCAUCUAUGCAUGAUAUUAUAGCACAUAUCAAUCAUAUUAGAAAAGUCGCUGGAGUUAAUCAUGUUGGACUUGGUGCUGGAUAUGAUGGUAUAUUGAGUCCACCAACGGAACUUCCUGAUGUCUCUGGAUAUCCUUUAUUGUUAGCAGAACUUACGAGAGAUCGUCAGUGGUCUGCGUUAGAUAUAAAAAGACUUGUUGGAGGAAAUAUCAUCAGAAUAAUGAAAGAAGUAGAAAAUUAUGCUGCUGCAUUAACCAAUCAGACUCCAAACGAAGAAUGGAUUUCUCAGGAAUUAAUUGAGGACACUUCAUAUUGUCGUUAUCAUGAUGAAUAAGUCUAUUAUAAUUUUUUCACAAUUUAAUUUAAUAAGAUGUGUAAAAAAAGAAAAUCCAUAAAAAAAAUGAUGAAUUUAUUGCUGCACUGAGAAAAGAAUGAAUUUUAUCGAUUAAUUUUUUUUUUUUAUUAUUUUAAAUAACAAUCAGGACUGGAUCUAUGGAAAUAUCACCAAGUCAAUUCCAAAAAAAUAAUUUAUUAUAAUUAUUUGAAAUUUUGAUUUUAUUAAUAGAAAAAAAUAUCACUUGUUCACAGUUAAUUGUUAUCUCAGUGUAUUUAUUCAUCUAUGAAUGUGUUUUAAUCUGGUUGGCGAUUACUGAACGUACAAAGUUUGUUAAAUUACUUAUUUAUCACAAAUAUUAUUAUUACUUAAUUAUUAUUUUAUAUAUUUAC